AUGUUGAUUCGCCUCCCUUUGAUAUGUAUUCUUGUUUCAGUCACGGCCAUUGGAGCUGACUUAUCACCAGAGCGUUAUUGGAACACUGCCUUACCAAACACUCCCAUGCCAAACUCUCUCCAUACUCUUUUUACGCCAGUAAAAUAUAUUGAAAUGAUUUUACCGAUGAGAAAACCACCAACGUCCAAGUGGGAAAAGGAGGCGUGA